GCUUUACAUUAGCUACUCAAUGUUAUUUCAGUGGGUGGUGCCGCCUACCGCCGUGUGUGUUAUCAUACUAACUGGUCACAAUACAGACAGAGCCCUGGUAAAUUCUAUCCCGAGAGCAUCGACUCCACACUCUGUACACAUAUCAUCUAUGCCUUCGCCACUCUAAAUGGCAAUCACUUGAAGGCCUUUGAGUGGAACGAUGAGAGUACUCCGUGGUCAAAAGGCAUGUACGAACGAUUUAAUGCAAUGAAGAAACAAAAUCAAGCCUUGAAGACCCUACUAGCUGUCGGAGGCUGGAAUAUGGGGUCAGCGCCGUUUUCAAGGAUUGCAGCUAGCGAUGCAAGUCGACGAGAUUUUGCCCAGGACACCAUCAAAUUCCUGCGAACACACGACUUUGAUGGCCUUGACCUAGACUGGGAAUAUCCGGCCAACAGAGGGGGCGUUCCUCAAGACAAACAAAAUUUCGUCGAACUUCUUAAGGUAAUACGUCAGGCGUAUGACGCUGAAGCAGCAUCGUCUGGUAAGCCGCGACUGUUGCUGACAGCGGCUUUUGGGGCGGGAAAGGACAAGAUCGACACAGGUUACGAUAUCCCCCAAAUUAUCAAGUAUAUCGAUAUGAUAAACUUAAUGAGCUAUGACCUGCACGGUGCGUUUGAUGACCACACCGGCCACAACAGUCCUCUAAAAGCGGGCCCGAUGGAUACGGGCACCGAUGCCUACUUGAAUGUGGAAUGGGCUGCCCAUGAAUAUGUGAAGAGGGGAUCGCCCAGGAGUAUGCUUAACAUCGGAAUGCCUCUAUACGGUCGCUCCUUUACGCUAAAGGAUCCGACUAACAACGGUGUGAAUGCCCCAGCUCGGGGAGGGGGUAAUGCUGGCCACUAUACCAGGGAGAGAGGCUUCUUGGCUUACUAUGAGAUCUGUAAAAUGAUUCCCAACGCUCAGAAGCACAUGAUACAGGGAGAGGAAGUGCCUUACAUCGUCCAGGGAGACCAGUGGGUGGGCUAUGAUGACCAGGAAAGUCUCCGUAAAAAGGUCGAUUUCGUUAAGAGAGAGCAGUACGGUGGUGUAAUGGUUUGGGAUUUGGCCCUUGAUGAUUUCACUGGAUCCUGUGGACAAGGGAAAUAUCCACUCUUGAAAACAAUAAACAAUGAACUACAAGGCCAUGGUACGGGCGGGGUCGCCACCAAUCCACAAACACAAGCACCCGUGGCAACUCAUGCGCCUGUUCAUACAACACCAGUGAUUGUUCCACCACAAACAAACCCCCCUGUUCAUGUCACUUCCGGAGCUCAGGCAACAACAGCCGCCUCACAUACGAUCUCCGCCACGAAUGCCUUCAAAUGUGCGGGCAGGAGUCCCAGCUUUUACCCAAGUCCAAGCGACUGUUCAAAGUACUACAUCUGUGCCGGCGGAACCGCAUUUGAAGUAGCAUGUACACCGGGUCUUCAGUUUAAUCCUAAAACAUCUUUUUGUGAUUGGCCCAGAAAUGUCCAUUGCAAUAUAAGUCAGUCACCAGCAGUUACACAGAAACCAGUCGUUUCCAUAACGACAAUGUCCCCUACUAAUGCACCACCCACAUUUAAACCGCUCCAAACAGCGCAACCAGGUGUCAAUACUGCUCAACCAGCCUACCCACCGACAACUAACGCACCACAAACAAGCACGCCAGCAAGUAACAUCAACCAAUAUUGUGUUGGAAAAAUCGACGGAUACUUUCUCGAUCCUCAGGACUGUGAUUAUUUCUACCAAUGUUCCUUUGGCCUAGCGUUCCGCCAGCCCUGUCCUCCGGGCCUCAGUUUCAACGUUGCUAUUUCAGUGGCUACCGACGCAUACCGCCGUGUUUGUUAUUAUACUAAUUGGUCACAAUACAGACAGAAACCUGGUAAAUUCUUUCCCGAGAACGUCGACCCAACUCUCUGUACACAUAUCAUCUAUGCUUUCGCGAAGCUCAAUGGAAAUCACUUGAAGGCAUUCGAAUGGAAUGAUGAGAGCACGUCAUGGUCCAAAGGCAUGUACGAGCGAUUUAAUUCAAUGAAGUCUCAGAACCCGUCCGUUAAGACUAUGUUAGCAGUUGGUGGCUGGAAUAUGGGAUCUGCACCUUUCACAAGGAUAGCAGCCUCAGAUGGAACUCGCACAGACUUCGCCAAUGACGCCGCAACAUUCCUUCGUUCUCAUGAUGUUGACGGCCUUGAUUUCGACUGGGAGUAUCCAGCCAACAGGGGGAGCCCGGCUGCAGACAAGGAAAGAUUCGUUUCCCUUGUAAAGGUAAUAUUUGACGCAGAGGCACAAAGGAGUGGCAAACCCCGUUUGCUCAUUUCGGCAGCUACAGGAGCAGGCAAGGCAAAGAUUGAAUCUGCUUACGACUUGCCCCAGCUGGUGAAGUAUCUGGAUAUGAUCAACCUUAUGACCUAUGACCUGCACGGUGCGUUUGAGGACCACACCGGCCACAACAGUCCUCUAAAGGCAGGUCCAAUGGAUACUGGUAACGACACAACCCUUAACGUGGAAUGGGCUGCUCAUGAAUAUGUGAAGAGAGGAACACCGAAGAGUAUGCUUAACAUCGGAAUGCCUCUAUACGGUCGCUCCUUUACACUAGCGGGCUCUAACACCGGUGUGAAUGCUCCCAUUCGAGGUGCAGGAUCUGCUGGCAGGUAUACCGGAGAGGGUGGCAUUCUUGCAUACUACGAGAUUUGUAAAAUGAUUCCCAGCUCUCAGAAGCACAUCAUACAAGGACAGGAAGUGCCUUACAUCGUCAAGGGUAAUCAGUGGGUGGGCUACGAUGAUGAAGAAAGUCUUCGUAAGAAGGUGGACUUUGUUAAACAAGAACAAUAUGGUGGUAUUAUGGUUUGGAGCAUGGAUUUGGAUGAUUUCACAGGAUCCUGCGGAGAAGGGAAAUACCCACUUUUGCACGCUAUCAAUGACGAGUUGACAAGAUCUACGGUACCUAGGUAAACAAAUGCUCCAGUCGCUACUGCUCCUUCAUCAAACACCCCUGUCACUUCCGCUCCUCAAGUCACCACAUCUGGUAUGUAUGUUGCUAUUUCAGUGGCUACCGAUGCAUUCCGCCGUGUGUGUUAUUAUACUAAUUGGUCACAAUACAGACAGAAACCUGGUAAAUUCUUUCCCGAGAACGUCGACCCAACUCUCUGUACACAUAUUAUUUAUGCUUUCGCGAAGCUCAAUGGAAAUCACUUGAAGGCAUUCGAAUGGAAUGAUGAGAGCACGUCAUGGUCCAAAGGCAUGUACGAGCGAUUUAAUUCAAUGAAGUCUCAGAACCCGUCCGUGAAGACUAUGUUGGCAGUUGGUGGCUGGAAUAUGGGAUCUGCACCUUUCACAAGGAUAGCAGCCUCCGAUGGAACUCGCACAGACUUCGCCAAUGACGCCGCAAAAUUCCUUCGUUCCCAUGAUUUUGACGGCCUUGAUUUCGACUGGGAGUAUCCAGCCAACAGGGGGAGUCCGGCUGCAGACAAGGAAAGAUUCGUCUCCCUUGUAAAGAAAACACGUGAAGUAUUUGACGCAGAGGCACAAAGGAGUGGCAAACCCCGUUUGCUCAUUUCGGCAGCUACAGGAGCAGGCAAGGCAAAGAUUGAAUCUGCUUACGACUUGCCCCAGCUGGUGAAGUAUCUGGAUAUGAUCAACCUUAUGACCUAUGACCUACACGGUGCGUUUGAGGACCACACCGGCCACAACAGUCCUCUAAAAGCAGGUCCAAUGGAUACUGGUAACGACACAACCCUUAACGUGGAAUGGGCUGCUCAUGAAUAUGUGAAGAGAGGAACACCGAAGAGUAUGCUUAACAUCGGAAUGCCUCUAUACGGUCGCACCUUUACACUGGCGGGCUCUAACACCGAUGUGAAUGCUCCCAUUCGAGGCCCAGGGACUCCUGGCAGGUAUACCGGAGAGGGUGGCAUUCUUGCAUAUUACGAGAUUUGUAAAAUGAUUCCCAGCUCUCAGAAGCACAUCAUACAAGGACAGGAAGUGCCUUACAUCGUCAAGGGUAACCAGUGGGUGGGCUACGAUGAUGAAGAAAGUCUUCGUAAGAAGGUGGAUUUUGUUAAGGAAGAACAAUAUGGUGGUAUAAUGGUUUGGAGCAUGGAUUUGGAUGAUUUCACAGGAUCCUGCGGAGAAGGGAAAUACCCACUUUUGCACGCUAUCAAUGACGAGUUGACAAGAAACGGUCCAGUCACAGGUGCACCGCAGACAAAUGCUCCAGUCACGGCUUCGCCACAAACAAAUGCUCCAGUAAGUGGUGCACCACAGACAAAUGCUCCAGUCGCUACUGCUCCUCCAUCAAACACCCCUGUCACUUCCGCUCCUCAAGUCACCACAUCUGCACCUGUCGCCCACCAUACGGUAUCCACCACCAACCGCUUCAACUGUGCCUCUCAGAGUGCCGGUUUUUACCCAAGUCCUACUGACUGUUCAAAGUACUACAUCUGUGCUGGUGGGUCCGCGUUUGAAGUGUCGUGUACACCAGGUCUAGAAUUUAAUCCCAAUACCUUAUACUGUGAUCAUCCUAGCAAUGCUCAAUGCAAUGGCAGUAAGACAUCUACCUCACAACCAUCUGCACUGUCACAGAAGCCAGGCGUUAUCAUGACAACGAUGUCUCCUACAAAAGCACCAGUCACGACCAUGCCGCCUCAACAAGUUGUCACCAAUCCUCAGGCAACCAAAGCGCCACAAACUAACGCACCAGCAACAACGAAGGCACCACAAACCAGCCCACCAGCACCAACCAACGCUCCACAAACAAGUUCACCAGCACCAACCAAUGCACCACAAACCAGCCCACCAGCACCAACCAACGCUCCACAAACCAGCCCACCAGCACCAACCAACGCUCCACAUACCAGCCCACCAGCACCAACCAAUGCACCACAAACUAGCCAACCAGCACCAACCAAUGCACCACAAACCAGCCCACCAGCACCAACCAACGCACCACAAACCAGCCCACCAGCACCAACCAACGCACCACAAACCAGCCCACCAGCACCAACCAACGCUCCACAAACCAGCCCACCAGCACCAACCAACGCACCACAAACCAGCCCACCAGCACCAACCAACGCACCACAAACCAGCCCACCAGCACCAACCAACGCACCACAAACCAGCCCACCAGCACCAACCAAUGCACCACAAACCAACGCACCAGCACCAACCAAUGCACCACAAACCAAUGCACCAGCACCAACCAAUGCACCAGCACCAACCAACGCGCCAGCACCCAGCACAUCAGCAUCAACUCCAGGUCCACAGCCAACACACAAACCUCAUCAUCAUCCAGUAAGAUUCUGCUCCGGGAAGUCCGACGGUAUUCAUGCAGAUCCCAAUGACUGCACACGUUUCUAUGAGUGCGCAGCUGGUUUGCAGUUCCACGAGAUAUGUUCCCCUGGAACUUUGUUCAACAAAAUAUCUCACAUUUGUGACUACCCUCACAACGUACCAAAUUGCCCGGGAUCAGGGAGAUAA